CACACCAAGAUUCGUGCCCAACUCCCUUGUCAGUUCUCUCUCUCUCUCACAAAACUCUCUCUCUCUCUCUCUCUCUCUCUCUCUCUCUGUCUCACAUCAAUGGCAGACUACGAACCAUACCAGCAACGGCAACACCACCAAGCAAUCCCAAAAGAGACAGCCUUGCAGGCGCUGAACACCAUAAUCCAGCUCCACUUCGAGAAGACCCUGGAGAAGAAGCGCUCCAUAGACCUCCAAAAGAAGGAGCUCCACAAGCUCUUCCAGCUCUUCUUCAUCUUCCUGGGCCUCAUCUUCCUUUCCCAGGCCCAGUCCUCCCGCCUCCAGUGCCGCCAUUGCUGGAUCCCCAUCAUCCUCCUCUCCCUCUCUCACCUCACCUUCUACGUCUCCGUGGCCCAGACCCUCCGCUGCAUCAACGGGUUCAAGUACCAGCGGCGCUGCCACAAGCUCACUCUUGGGCUCGCCACCGAAAAGCUCAGGGAGAUGAAGAUGAGAACCAGCGCCGGCGCCGGCGAACAGUUCGAUGGGGUUGUUGGUGACGAUGAUUUUGAGAUUCAUUACCAGGAGCCUCCCGAGAGUUACUUUGGUAAGUUUAAGCGGAACUGGGCUUUGCAUUUUGCCUUCUUGAUCUCGAUCUAUUCCUUUAUGGUCUCUUCCUCUGUUGUCCUCCUCUGCUUUUAGCUCUGUUUUUUUUUUUUUUUUUUUAUUUGUGUCUUAGCAUAUGGGUUUUGGGUUUUACUAAUUCUGGGUUUUAUGUAUUAGGAAAUAUCCUUGAUUGGGUUCAAUUUUAAUUUUAAUUUUAACUUGGAUUUUAUUUUGUUAAAUCUCUCUCUCAAAUUGACUGUAUGAAUUGAAAGGAGAAGGUUACUUGAAGCUUAGUCUAUAAUCUUUUCUGUUUUUGGUAGCAUAUUCAAACUUGUUGUUAUGAGAAAUGGUAUUUACUUUUCUGUCUUUUUUAAUUUUUUA